AUGAUGCACGAUGCCGUCCUUGACUACUACGGCCGCCGGCUGGCCACCUGCUCGAGCGACAAGACGAUCAAGAUAUUCGAGAUUGAAGGGGACCAGCACCGGUUAACAGAGACGCUCAAAGGUCACGAAGGCGCGGUCUGGUGCGUCUCCUGGGCCCACCCCAAAUUCGGCACUCUCCUGGCCUCCUCAUCCUACGACGGCCGCGUGCACAUCUACAAAGAAACCCCCGCCCAACCCUCGCAGCCUGGCCAACAGUCCCAAUCGUCCUGGACGCUCGUGUGGCAGCACCCGAUCCACACGGCCUCGGUGAACAUGGUCUCGUGGUCGCCGCCGGACCUGGGAUGCCUGCUCGCGUGCGCCUCGUCGGACGGCAACGUGUCGGUGCUCGAGUUCCGCGACAACCAGUGGGGCCACGUCAUCUUCCCGGCCCACGCGAUGGGCGUCAACGCCGUGAGCUGGGCCCCCUCGGCGGUUCCCGGCGCGAUCGCGCGCAAGGACGGCGGCAGCACGGGCGUGGUCAAGCGGUUCGUCACGGGCGGCAGUGACAACCAGGUCAAGAUCUGGGAGUGUGGCACUGGUGGGAAUUACGACAACGUCCUCGUCCUGCCGCAGGGCCAUGGCGACUGGGUGCGCGACGUGGCGUGGAGCCCCACGCUGCUGAGCAAGAGCUACAUCGCGAGCGCGAGCCAGGACAAGACGGUGCGCAUCUGGACGAGCACCAAUAUGACGGCGCAGGGCGUCGGGGAGUGGACGCUGGCCAAGACGCUCGAGUUUGACGCCGUCACCUGGCGCGUGAGCUGGAGUCUGAGCGGCAAUGUGCUGGCCGUGAGUGGCGGGGACAACAAGGUCACGUUGUGGAAGGAGGAUCUGAAGGGCAAUUGGGAGAUGGUCAGGGAGGUGACUGAGUAG